AUGGCUUCUCUAAGUACACGACCGAGAAGCGCCUUGUACUCUUUUGAGGCCAAGAAGGCUUACUUCGAUAAUGAAUUUGCCAAUGAUCCCUCCCUUCAUGCUUCUGACCGUCCUCCUAUGCGGCACAUGAGAUCAUGGCAGAACACUUCCUUCUCUUCUACAGCAGAGACUAUUGUUGGCGAUGACGAUCAUGACCAUCAUCACCACCACAAGAAGGAUGCCCCUCUCUUUACUCUCAAUGUCAUCUCAGAACAGCCCCCUACACCACCUGCCGAGCCCAAGAUCCAUCAAGACCCUCUCUUCCCUUCUCCUACAGAAAACCUCACGCCUUUAUUCAAUCUCAAUGUCUCACCCUCAAAAGACUCUCUAUUCUCUACCACUGAUGAGGAGAGUAUCUGCCCUCUUGAGUCAGAUCCCCAGAAACUCAGCCCUACUGUCUCUGUUUCACCAAAGGUUGUCUCAUCGAAGUUUGUUGAGCCAGCACCAGUGCACGCAAAUGACAGCAUUGAGACAUGCGGUUACCCCAAGAUCGAAGACCCUGUCGAUCCUGCGAGGAUCCUAUCGCAAAGGGAUCUGCGCAACCAAAGGGUCGCCUUCAUGGGGAUCAUCGUGUUUCUCAACAUCUGCAUGGCAAUCACUGCCUUCUUUGGUAAGAAGAGCAAGUUGAUCUUCAUCGUCAUCUUGUUCGUCAAGAGCAAGGAUUUCCUAUCUGCGAUCCUGUCUCCUACCGGGAUGAUGUAUCGUGCUAUCCAUGACAAGUUCUACCCACCCAAGCCUGUCAGCCGAAAAUGGAUCUUGUCUCUCAUCCCUGCCUACUCUGAGAGUGAGGAGCAGAUCGUCAAGACUAUCUUCUCUCUUCGGGAUAAUGGUGUUGAGCCUCACAAGCAAGUCAUGGUCGUCAUCCUCGAUGGCAAGCCUCGGGAUGUUCGAUCACACAUGACAAGAAUGGUUCGCGAGUUCCAACGCCCCUACGUCUCUUUUAAGUGGAAGAAGGGUGUCUUGAACGUCCUUGCCGGUUUCAUGGAAGAUGUCCCUGUCAUUGUCAUCGAGAAGGUCAAGAACGCUGGCAAGAAGGAUUCUCUCAUUCUCUGCCAUGAUCUUUUCAACUUUCCUCGUGAAAACUCUCCUCUCUACACAAAGCUUCUACGAAAGGAGAUGUGGGACGAAAUUCUCCCUGAGUUGACCAAGGGCGAAGACUUCAAGGGCUUUGACAUGGUUUUCUGCACCGAUGCCGACUCUACUAUCUACAAGGGCGCUGUCGCUCUUCUGGCUAAUGCUCUUGCUCGUGAUGACAAGGCUAUUGCUGCUUGUGGACUUGUCCUGGUUGAGCUUGAACCUGGAUAUGAAUGGUCGUUUUGGAAUCUCUAUCAACAAUUUCAGUACACGUUUGGACAAUAUGUCAGACGGCGAGCUGAAGGGUUCAUUGGAAAAGUCACUUGUUUACCUGGUUGCAUCACCAUGAUAGCAGUGAGACCAGAAAUGGCCGGUGCUAUUCGGAAAUACGCCGAACCCGUUACCGGUGAACUAGUCAUUAACCACCAAGUGCAAUACCUCGGCACUGACAGGCGACUCACUUACUCAAUGCUGUCUCAGGGUGAACAUCUUCGCACACUGUUCGUCCCUGAUGCCGUCAGUGAGACGGUUGCUCCCCAGUCACUGUUCCACUACCUAAGCCAAAGACGUCGAUGGGGCUCAAAUGCCUACUUCAACAAUUACUUCUAUUUGGCUGGCGAGAAGAUGAUCACCAUUACUCGCAUUGCUGCCUCUGUUGAAGUCAUCCGUCUGAGCUUGGUGUACUACCGCAUUCUCAACACUGCUUUGUUCAUCGCAAGCUGCGUUCGUCAUGUCUCUGCUCUCAAGCUUGUUCCUAUGUUGGUAGUUGGCCAGUUGCCCUCUCUUUGGUUCUUCUGUUCAGUUCUUCUUGAGCCUGAGUUACGAAAGCGAGGGCACAAACUUGCGAUCGGAUACCUGAUCAACAAGUGUGUAUCACCAGUCAUGAGUGUCAUCAUCUUUACAAAGGUUGCCACCAACCUCGGAAGUCAAGUCUGGGGUGUAUCUGGAGUUACGGCAUCUUCUGGUCCCGUUCCUCCUCAAGUGGAAAUAACCGAAGAAGAGGCCAAGCUGUUUGACGCAGAUGCUUUAUCUGCGGCUGAAAAGGGAGAAGCGCCUUUGUUGUUGAAAAAUCUGUUGGAUGAUGAGGCAAUUGCUAAACCAGAGCGUUGUCGCCUCAAGGACGAGCGAGCGGAUGUAGACUGCUAG